UCUCCGGCACAGAACAGAAAACUACAGGUCUCCGGAGUCUUGUCCAUUAUAAUCAAAGAACGUAGUAGGCACCUACUUUUUAGUUUAAAAAAAAAUCAGUAGCCGGGAACAAAUAUUUUACCCGACUAGCCCAUAUUUUGAGUGCAGCGCGCGGUAGUCAGUCGGCCCGUUUGAUCACUUUGAUUGACAAUAAACGCGGAGCUAAUUAAGAAACCUAUUUUGUGUCGCUGUUCAACGUGCAGGGGCACUGGCGGUUACAUUUAGCCGUUAAAAAUAGUCCAAUCAAAUGUCACUCCCGUCAAUAAACAGUUCCAAUUUCGAAGACCAAACAAAAGAUGGUACCCAAGCAUUUAUUAUGACGUUUACAAGUAAAUACGAUAAUAAUCGUGUCAGAAAACGUGUGAUUUGUAUUGUUAGUAUAAAUACGUUUUUUUCGCGUUUGAAAUAAUAUAAUUAUGAAUCGAAAUUAGUGAGUAUCGUUUAGUAUGAAGACUGCCAAUAUGACCAGGAAUAAGGGACAAGUAUAUAGUGUUGGAAAUUAUCUGAUGACUGGCAAAGUCCUGGGAAAAGGACACUUUGCUAGAGUUGAAGAGGCGACACAUAGGAUUAUAGGAAAAAAGGUGGCCAUAAAGAUCAUAGACUUGACGUGUAUAAAAGAGGAGUAUGCUCGUCGGAACCUACACCGUGAGCCGAGGGUCAUGGCCAAGCUACGGCACCCGUGCAUCGCGGCACUUUACGAAACUAUGAUGCAUGGGCCGCGUUUAUACGUGGUAAUGGAGGCGGCAGGAGGUGGGGACCUGUGUGCUCACGUGCUGGGGGCCCGGGGAGCCGCACGGGGCCUACCCGAGCCUCGCGCGCGGGCCCUGGCUGCGCAGCUCGUCUCCGCCGUCAAGCACAUGCAUGCACGUGGCGUUGUGCACCGGGAUUUGAAAAUGGAAAACAUCAUGCUGGACAGUACUAAGCAAUUCAUUAAAAUUGUUGACUUCGGCCUAUCAAAUAUGUGGAGCGGCGGUGCGGCGCUGCGGACGCCGUGCGGCUCGCUCGAGUACGCGGCGCCCGAGCUCUUCGUGGACGGCCGCCGAUAUGGACCCGAAGUUGACCUAUGGAGCAUAGGAGUGAUCGUGUACGGCAUGGUGACGGGCGGGCUGCCGUUCACGGGCGCGGAGGGCGGCGAGGGCAAGUCGCGGCCGCAGCUGCGCGCCGCCAUCACGCGCGGCUUCACGCGCAAGCAGCGCGCCGCGCUCGCCUGCGUCACGCCCGAAUGCAAGGCGUUUAUCCAGCAUCUGUUGGAGCCGAACGUGGAGCUUCGAAUGAAGAUCGAGGAGGCGUCUCGGCACCGCUGGGUGCGGAGACCCGGCAUGAGGAUGAAGACGCACCCCUACGGCACCGUGGAGACUGCCGCCAACAGAGAGAUAUACAGACAAAUAGCGGAACUAUGUUCAUUGCCUGUGAUGGACGUGGUGGCCGAAAUAAAAGCGGAGCCGUUCGGCCCCGUGGCGGGCAUGUACAACAUCAAGACGCACUUGCAGCAGGCGCAGGCGGUGGCCGGCACCGACCUGCUGUGGAGCUCCGGCGCCGUGGACCCCAGCCCCCCCUCGCCGCCCCCCUACCGCGCGCAGUACGAGACCCCCGCGCCCCCGCACCCGCACCCCGCGCCGCCCCCGCCCGCCCACGACUCGCACAGCUCGCACAGCACGCGCAGCUCGCUGGCCGCGCCGCCCGCCAAGCUGCAGGUGCAGAAGAUCCGCAUCCCCAGCACCCCGCCGCCGCGCCCGCUCGACCACAAGUACAUCGCCCACGCCGACGCACCCAAACUGACACCCAAACAGACCCUCCCCGCGAAGAAGGCGCAGCUACAGAGCCAAAGCCCGCGGUCGAUGAGCCGCCCGGUAUGCAGUAUGUACGGUAUGAAGAAACCCGUGUACAAGGUGUACGACAACGGCGACUGCGGCCUCGACCCGCGCCUGCCCAGCAUCGACGAACAUUCCAGCGCCGACGUCACUGACGCCAAGAAGAUCACCAGGACCAAGAAUAUUAGGAUGCCGUGCGUCAGGAAGGUGAGCUUGGAGGACGAGCGCAUCAGACUCAACAGUUGCCCCAACAGGGUCGGCGAUAAACGCGCCGAGUUCUAUAGGAAGGCAGGGGAUGGUCUGCCGAGAAGUGCAUUUGGCAACAGUUGGCGAGCGAGCGGCUCGCUGGCGACGCCGCCCGCCAGAAUAUUACUGCAGAGCAAUGCGACAACCAUAAAACGAGCCUCGUUAGGUAACAUCGUAAGUCCGCACUCGUCUUCAAACAGUCAUUGCAAGAGCGAGAGGGCAAUGCCGAAGCGGCCACUACUCCCUCUGCCGCAGGUGGGCUGGUACUCGACGCGCGUGGCCAAGGAGCCGCACCUGCAGCGCCUGCGCCGCACCGCGCCAAUGAAGUGACCUACCAACUGACCACCGCCGGACACGCGCCCGUCACUUACCUGCCACAUGUGACCACCAUCAAAAAAAUUCAAAUUUUCUCGUUAAAAAGAUCACGUCACUAAGUAUCCCAAAUUGUGAUUACAUGUAAAUAUUGUCCAAAUGAAUGUCACAUGUGAGUGAGAAGUGAUCGUCGCGGCGUCCAGCGGCGGCUACUUGUAAGCUUGUUGCCAUACCAUCGCCCGUUGGCAGCCGCCACACACUGCGAUUGUCGCGCAACUAAAACCAUGCGAUUAGUCGCAAGUGUGCGCCGGAACAUAAAUUUCGCGUGCCACCCACUAUUGUAAUGUUAAGCGAAUGAAGCAGUUCUACUAUUGUACACGAUCGACUUCCAAGCAAUCGUUUUUGGACUAGUAUUUUUUGUUACGUUUAUAAUGAUGAGUUUUACAUUUUAAAAACUAAAUAAUAGAGUGUUAUGUUAUGCUUGUAUGCAUGUAUUUUAUUGAAAGAUUAAUAUAAGAUGUGCAUUACGUUUA